AGGUAACGACUGUAUGCUGAGAAAUGCCGCAUGUAUGGCUAGAAGGAACGGACAAGUUCUGACCAUGGCGAGUGAAGGUAGAUGCGCAGUGAAGAAACCAGAGGAGAAUAUGGCAAAUACGUGCAUGCGAGCCUGCCCAAGAAUCUACAGACCUGUUUGUGGUAGCAAUAGCAGAACAUACUGUAAGAUAUGGUUUAACCCUACCGAGAUAUGUAAAAUAUUAAUGUCUGUUUCCCCUUUAAUUAUCAUGAGUUAUAAAGCCGGUGUAAAAGAAAUUAUGGUCCCCUGGGGAUUAUGGUCCCCUUUCCUUACGGGCCUUACUGGCCCUGACUGUGUAUAAAUAAUAAGGAAAAUAAUUGUAAUUAGGUCACCAUAUAAAUCAAUAGAGAGUAGGACCAAAAUUUGAUAGGACCACCUACCCUUUUACACCUGUAACAUGAAU